AUGGUCGUCGCAAGAGCCGCAGUCUCUUAUCGAGCCGGUGCCAGUGCACACCGUGCGUUGGCGUAUGGCACAGUCUCGCGCUCGGCUUUGUUGCCAGCUGGUGCACGCUCCUCGUUCUCAACCUCCGCCCGCAUCUCCAAGGCCUCGACCCCGCUCAACGAAGCUGCUCAGGCGGCCGUCCCCAAGAAGAGCGGCAUCAUCCGCAAAACGCUUCGCUUCACAGGCUACACCGUCGGCUCCAUCGUCUUUGGUCUCGCUGCAACCACCGCCAUCAUCCUCGGCCACGACGCUCUCACCUACCGCGAAGCCCACGUCGACAAGGUCCCACUCCAUCCACUCGCCCUUUCGCCCAAGAAGGGCGGUCCUAAGAACCUGCCCAUCCUCUCUGCCUAUGCCGAAGACGAGCAAGACGAGAUCAGCAAGAAGCUGGCUUCCAAGGAGAGGCUCGUCAUCGUUGGAGGUGGUUGGGCCGCUGUCGGUCUGCUCAAGUCGCUUGACCCUGAGAAGUACAACGUCACCCUCAUCUCGCCCAACAACUACUACCUCUUCAACCCGCUCCUCCCCUCGGCUGCCGUUGGCACCGUCGAGCCCCGAUCUCUCAUCGAACCACUGCGCAAGCUACUGGCGCGCGUACACGGCCACUACAUCCAAGGCUUUGCUACCGAUGUUGUCAUGGGCGAGGACAAGCCGGUAUACCAAGGCGGGCCGGAGCGUCUGCUCGAAGUCAACGUCAUCAGCGGCGACAACUGGGACGGCGAGGCGCUCUGCGGUAAUGCACCCGCCUCUUCCGAACGCAAGGAGACCAAGGGUAAAUCCAUCUACGUACCCUACGACCGUCUCAUCGUUGCCGUCGGCAGCGUCACCAACAGCCAUGGCGUGCCCGGUCUCGAGAAUUGCUUCCACCUCAAGACCAUCGGCGACGCACGCAAGAUCCGCACCCACAUCCUCGACAACCUCGAGAUCGCCUCGCUCCCCACCACCACCGAGGAGGAGCGCAAGAGGCUGCUCAGCUUUGUCGUCUGCGGCGGUGGGCCCACGGGUGUCGAAACUGCCGCUGAGAUUAGCGACAUGAUCAACGAAGAUGUCUUCGACUACUUCCCAAAGGUGCUGCGCAGCCAGGCGCAGGUGCAUCUGAUCCAGUCCAGGGAGCACAUCCUCAACACUUACUCGGAAAAGAUCUCGGAGUAUGCCGAGGCCAAGUUUGCACGCGAUGCCGUCGACGUCAUUGUCAACGCGCGCGUCAAGCGUGUCGAACCGGAUCGCGUGCUGUACACGGUCAAGGAUCCAAAGACGGGCUCGGUGACCGAGAUGGAGGUGCCCUCUGGAUUCACGCUGUGGUCGACGGGGAUUGCGAUGAGCCCCUUUACCAGGCGGGUCACCGAGAUCCUGCCCAACCAGUCGCACCUCAAAGCACUGCAGAUCGACUCGCACCUCCGCGUCAAGGGCGCCCCGCUCGGCAGCAUGUACGCCCUUGGCGAUGCCUCCACCAUUGACACGCGCCUCAUCGACUACCUCUACGACUUUGUCGACCGCUACGACAAGGACAAGGAUGGCCGUCUCUCGUACGACGAGUUCGAGACCUUUGCCAAGGCCAUUCGCCACAAAUUCCCCAUCGCCAGCAAACACUUCACCAAGCUGCGCGAGAUGUUUGACGAGUACGACAAGGACCACGAUGGCCAACUCAACCUCAACGAGAUCGCCAACGUGCUGAUCGAAACGGGCAACAAGAUGACGGCACUCCCCGCUACUGCCCAGGUCGCCGCGCAGCAGGGUCAAUACCUGGGCGCCAAGCUCAACAAGCUCGCGGCACGCCGCGAUGCGGGUGAGGACAUGCACCCGCACACGGCCGAGGAGGUGCUCGACGUUGACGACGAGGUGUACAAGCCGUUCAAGUACCGCAACUUUGGCUCCUUGGCGUACAUCGGCAAUGCGGCUGCUUUCGACCUGCCCAUUCCCGGCGGCAGUUUUGCAGGUGGCUUGAUAGCCAUGUACGCUUGGAGGUCCUUCUACCUCAGUGAGAGUGUCACGAUGAGGACCAGGGCGCUGCUGCUGGGCGAUUAUGUCAAGAGAGGCAUUUGGGGCAGAGACCUUUCCAGGAUUUGA